AUGAAUAUAUUUGUUCAAUUUGUAGAUUACAUACUUUCGAAGAUAAUCCUGGAAGGUCUACAAUUUCCAACAACUACAGGAGCUGAUGGUGUGGCUACUCUCAAAGGUGAAGCUGAUUGGAAUGAUGAUGACAGAAAGAAAGUAGAGCUCAACGCCAAAGUGGUCAACUUGCUCAACUGUUCAGUCAACUUUGAGGAAUAUCGAUGGGUAUCAAGAUGCACAACAGUAAAGGAAAUCUGGGACAAACUUCAAGUUACUCAUGAAGGCACAACCCAAGUCAAAGGAUCCAGAAUAGACAUGCUGAACAGAGACUACAAAAUGUUCUCAAUGAAAGAAGGAGAAAUAAUUGAUGAAAUAUUUGAAAGAUUCAACGUUAUCAUUACUGGCUUAGAUGUUAUGGGAAUUAGACAUCCUGAAUCUGUGCUUGUGAGGGGAAUAUUGAGAUGUCUCACUAAAGAGUGA